UAGUCCAGAAUGGUGCCAAAAAGAAGGAGAAAAUCAAUUGCAAAUUUGCAAUAUGGCGGAGGAGAAAGGAUCAAAGGAAAGAAGCGAGUCCGUCCAACAGGGCAACUGUCCAAAUAGUAGUUAGUAGUAGCAAGUAUACCUGGACUCACUGCCUCUCUUCGUUGCUUCCCAACGAAACUCUCUCUCGUCCUUAUGUUCCCUCCCUUCUAUUUCACCACAUAAACACCCUUUGGUCUCUCUCUCUGACUCUCUCUCUCUCUCGCUGUAUUCCUUUCUAGUCUACCAAUAUCAUCCGAGCUUUUCCUCAAUGUCGACGCUUAAUGUUCCGGCCAGAAUGUCCCUGAAACAUGACCGGACUUGGACAACUGAUCGGUUGGCUUCCUCCAAGAGCCUGAGUGAAUUUAUUGGCUUUGAAUAUAGACCCAAGAGAGAAAAUGGCCAGAAGCAAAUGUUCACUGUUAGAUCAGUGAGGAUCACCCAGCAGAGCAGUGGAGGCAAUCCUAGCUCACCCAAUGGUCCUGCGGGUGGUGUUGGGGUGAACUCGACUUAUGAAAUUCAGUCUGAUGAUGAUUACGAAGUGGGUCAGGGAAGGGCAUUUGCAAGUGGUCGAAGAAAAACUAAGAUUGUCUGUACAAUUGGUCCUUCCACAAGCUCACGUGAAAUGAUAUGGAAACUUGCAGAAACUGGGAUGAAUGUAGCGCGUUUGAAUAUGUCUCAUGGGGACCAUACGUCACACCAGAAAACUAUUGAUCUUGUCAAAGAAUACAACUCUCAAUUCAAAGACAAGGUUAUAGCCAUAAUGCUGGACACCAAGGGUCCUGAGGUUAGGAGUGGAGAUGUACCACAACCAAUUCUGCUUACAGAGGGACAAGAGUUUAACUUUACAAUUAGAAGAGGAGUUAGCACAAAAGAUACCGUUAGUGUAAACUAUGAUGACUUUGUGAAUGAUGUGGAGGUUGGAGACAUAGUUCUGGUUGAUGGUGGAAUGAUGUCUUUAGCCGUGAAGUCAAAGACAAAAGAUUUGGUUAAAUGUGUUGUAGUUGAUGGAGGAGAACUAAAAUCAAGGCGCCAUUUAAAUGUGCGCGGAAAAAGUGCAACUCUGCCUUCAAUAACAGAAAAAGACUGGGAAGAUAUCAAGUUUGGAGUGGACAAUGGAGUUGAUUUCUAUGCUGUCUCAUUUGUAAAAACUGCUGCGGUGGUUCAUGAGUUGAAAGAUUAUCUCAAAGGUUGUAAUGCAGAUAUUCAUGUUAUAGUAAAAAUUGAAAGUGCAGACUCUAUACCAAAUCUUCAUUCAAUAAUUUCCGCAUCUGAUGGGGCUAUGAUUGCUCGUGGAGACCUUGGAGCUGAGCUCCCAAUUGAGGAAGUUCCUUUGUUGCAGGAAGACAUCAUUAGAAGGUGUCACAGUAUGCAGAAACCAGUUAUUGUAGCAACUAAUAUGUUGGAGAGCAUGAUCGAUCAUCCUACACCAACCAGGGCAGAAGUCUCUGACAUUGCAAUUGCAGUGAGAGAAGGUGCUGAUGCAAUCAUGCUAUCUGGAGAAACUGCCCAUGGAAAAUAUCCACUCAAAGCUGUUAAAGUAAUGCAUACUGUGGCAUUGAGGACUGAGUCAAGUCUACCAAUUAGCACUAUUCCUCCGAUCCAAAUAAGUACCUAUAAGAGACAUAUGGGGGAAAUGUUUGCUUUCCACUCCACAACUAUGGCCAACAGUCUCAAUACACCCAUCAUCGUUUUCACAAGGACAGGAUCCAUGGCUGUACUUUUAAGCCAUUAUAGGCCAUGCUCAACAAUCUUUGCCUUCACAAAUGAAGAAAGGAUUAAGCAGAGAUUGGUGCUUUAUCAUGGUGUCCUCCCAAUAUAUAUGCAAUUUUCAAAUGAUUCAGAGGAGACUUUCUCAAGAGCAAUAAAGCUAUUAGUGGUUAAGGGUCAUUUGAAAGAGGGAGAGCAUGUUACUCUUGUCCAAAGUGGUGCACAACCAAUCUGGCGUCAAGAAUCUUCUCAUCAUAUCCAAGUUCGUAAAGUGGAAAGUAUUAUGAACCUGUGAGAAUUUGUUUUUAGUUGGUUUUAGUUGCUGAUAGUCAAAUUUACAUUUGAGUUUAACUUGUUGACAUCUAGUGAAUAUAGUUCCAAUAUUGAAUGCAAAAGUAGAUCAAGUUGAUUUA